CUGACCUCCAGGUCCCCCACGCGCGAACGAGCUCUCUGGCCUCUCCUUUCACGCCAUGGAACCCAAGCUCGUCUACAGAUGCCUUCGCCAACUCAGCGUCUGGGUCACGGAUAAUUACUACAGUGAGGUAGUCGUGGAAGGCGCGGAGAACGUGCCUAAGACGGGACCAGUAAUUCUGGCCGCAACGCACCGAAACGAGAGCAUCGACGUCGCUGUACUAGCCGUGACCAUCCCGCACGGACGACAGGUGUCGUACUGGGCAAAGUCGUCUCUAUUCAAGCAGCCCAUCCUUCGAUGGAUUAUGGAAUCUAGCGGCGCCAUCCCGGUACAGCGCGGCGGCGAGUCCGCCAGCGCUUCUAUCACUACGCACAGCUCUUCGAAUACAGACAACAAUCGCGCAGCAAGCCAAACCCAAGGCGACCUCUUCCGCGCGUCUACUGCCUGCCUCAUGUGCGGCGGCACGCUCGGCGUCUUCCCCGAGGGAUUCAGCGCCACCUUACCGGGUCUCGGCGACCUGCGCAGCGGCGCGGCGUGGGCGGCGGUCGAGCACGAUCGCGCUGCGCGGCCGGCGGCGUUGGAAAGGGGGGUUGCCUGGGAGAGCGCACGGAUCGUUCCUGUGUCUAUCGUCUAUACGGACACGCCAGCGUACCAGAGCCAAGUGCUUGUCAGGUAUGGACCUGCUAUUAAGACCGCCGAUUACUAUAGCACCAAUGCGGGUGAAGACGAUCUGGAGGGGCGGAAGGAGGCGGCGGCGCGGAUGAUGGACGCGGUCCGUCAUACACUGCAGGCCGAUGGAAUUAACGCGCCGGACUGGCCGACGCUUCACGCCGCGAAGGUCAUGCUUGAUUUUGACUACAGUGAUCCUGUGCGUAAAUUAGGCGUCCGGGGUUGGGUCCUGAAGAUGCAAGGCUGCAUCCAAUAUCUCUCUGACGACGAGAACAAUGUGGCGAAGGACGUUGAUAACGAAGCCUCCGACGCGGACAACAAGAUAGUGGUGGACAACGAGAAAAAACAAGCCGCCAAGGCCAUCCUCGCUCGCUAUCAUGCCCUUCAAAUCCACACGCAGAUCAGUCACGCCGAUCUGCUAUCGCUUGUCCCUCCUAAUCACUCGCUUGCUAUGAGGGGGCCCUUCCUCGUCAGCGCUCUCCUCGCUUUCUUGCAAGCCUCAGCGCGUACGGUUCUCUGCUUGCCGGCGCUCGUUGUCUACCUCCCCGCCUAUGCCGCUUCGUACGCCGCCACGGCUGUUCUUACACGGCGAGACCAGCCGGAGAGCCAGGCGCAGGUGUCUGCGAUCGCUGGCGGUCUCGGACUGGGGUUAGGCUUUUGGGGCGCUUUCGAGACUAUCAAAAGGCUAUACGGACCUGCCUUUGGUCGACUCUUCCAGCGAGCAUUACGAGGACUGACCGCGCAUGCGGACCCUUCGCUAUCCCGGUAUAUAUCUUUGUUCGUGGGCUCGCGAAUGGGCAAGCUUGCGAUGGGGUAUGUGGCAUUGAAGACAUUGAUGGCGUGGCAUGAUCUAUUUGCGGAAGGCAACAGAAGGAUAUUCCGCCGAUGCGUCGCCUCAACAAAUAUAUUCCUCGCAAUCAUGUUCCCGGGAUAUGAGGAGACGUCGCCCGUGUACGAUGCUCCGCCAGUCAUUGCGGAGAAUGCACACGCACGGAGGAAGGGAGGGGAGGGCGAGGAGAGGCGCAAGAAGGAGGCGACGGCCGAGAAGGCGCGGGAGGGCGAGACAAUGCCCAGGAACUCUCUACAGGAGGGCGACACGGCGGGCAGAGCAGCGCCUCGCUCGGAAGUGAGACGCCCGUGGAAAUUCACGCUCGUUGGCCGCCUGCUGACUGCGAGACGGGAGGCGUCGAAAGCUCGGGACCGUCUGCAGGGCGACGAGGAGCUGUGGCGCGUUAUACGAUAGUUCGAAUGGGUGUGUCUCGUAGGACGCGAGCCCGAGUGGGACCUACAUCGUAUGUAUCAAGCAGGUGACCCGUCUUCUUCGAAGACGAAGUUCGCUUUGGCGAAGUUCAUGUUCCUGCAGCUUAUCACGCCAGUUCCCCGUGCUAUGCGCACCAUUACUCUGUCCCGUCCACUAGUUUCAGAAAUUGUCCGCCUGCACCCGCCCCAGCGUUGAACGUUCAAAUAUGGCUUGGAGGA